AUGAGUACAGAACAUUCGGCGCCUGGCCGACCACGACCCACCACAGUGACCGAACACCUCGCGGGCACAUCUGAAUCAUGGCAUGGCAAGAUCACGCCAGAUGGACCGUUUCCUCCACAAAGAGGCAGAUAUCACAUGUACAUUGGACUGUUCUGUCCAUUCGCCCACCGUGCCAAUCUCGUGCGGCAUCUCAAAGGUCUGACGGAAGUUAUCGACAUAUCCGUCGUCAAACCUUAUCCCAAGGGAGACGAGCACGGCUGGCCGGGUUGGAGGUUCCCUGCCAGCGACGACGAGUAUCCCGAGGCGACCGUGGAUAGGCUGUUCGGAAGCAAGUUCCUUCACGAGGUUUAUUUCAAAGCGGACCCGGAGUACAAAGGGCGAUACACUGUGCCCGCUCUGUGGGACCGCGAGACUUCAACCAUUGUCAACAACGAAAGUGCGGAGCUUCUCCGAGACCUCCAGACGUGCUUCAACACGCUUCUGCCACCAGAGUAUGCCAAGGUCACGCUGUACCCGGAGCAUUUGCGCCACAAGAUCGACGAGGUAAGUGACUGGAUGCAAACCUACCUGAACACCGGGGUGUACAAGGCUGGGUUCGCGCCGUCGCAAGAGGAGUACGAUAAGAACGUGGUGCCGGUAUUUGCGGCGCUGAACAAACUGGAGAACAUGGUCAAGGAGAACGGCGGUCCGUAUAUUCUGGGCGAGGAGCUUACCGAGGUCGACAUCAGAGCCUACGCGACCCUGAUACGCUUCGACACGGUAUAUGUGCAGCACUUCAAGUGCAACCUGGGCACCAUCAGGCAUGAUUACCCGCAGUUGAACAACUACCUGAAGAACCUGUACUGGAACGUUCCCGGGUUCAAGGAGACUACAGACUUUCGGCACAUCAAGGAGAACUAUACUAAAAGCCACCACGAUGUGAACCCGAAGGCGAUCACUCCCAUGGGCCCUUUCCCACACAUCGAAGAGGGCUACGAACGGGAUCUUAGCAAGGUGAGGAUCGGCGGUGUGUCCAUGCAGGAAGUGGUGGAGUGGGAGAGGAAGCUCCCUGCGUGA